AUGAAAUAAUUAGUCUUUUUAUUAAUAAGUUUCAUUUUUGCCUAAGAUGAUUUAGUAUAUGUGCAAGCAGUUUGGAGGCAUGGAGCCAGAAAUUAUUAUCAUUGUAAUUGGAAUUGCAUCAAAGAUUAGCCUAGAGGAGAUGAAGCCAUCUUAACCCCAACUGGCAUGAGAUAAUAAUAUAUAUUAGGGAAGUGGAUUCGAUAGAGAUACAUUAUUGAAUAUCAAUUUUUAUCAAGUAAGUUUAAUGAAAAUGAAAUCUAUAUUGAAAGUUCCGAUGAAAAUAGGUAAGGGAAAUGAAUAUUUUAGAACUUUGACAAGUGCAUAUUGCAAUUUAUAAGGUAUGUAUCCAGAGGGUCCUUCAAUACCUCAUUUUAAGAAAGAAAAUGAAUCAUUGUUGUUACCACCAAAUUAGGGUGCAUAGAUUCCUAGAGAUAUUGGUGAUGAUGCAUUACCCCACAAGAUUUAACUAAUCCCGAUUCAUACACAAUAAAAGGCACUUCACUAUCCCAUUGUUAUACAAUGCCCAAAAAUGAAUGCAGAUAAUAAAAAUACUUAACUUUACAAAGAAGUUAAUAUUGCAACUGCACAACUAUAUCAUGAUUUUAAUACAGAAUUAAAUUUACAGGGAGAUGAAAAAGUUAAUGAUAUCAUAGAGUUAUCGCAUUGGAGAGAUACCUUUAUCUGUAAUAGAUACAAUGGAGAUCCAUUACCUCCAAAUCUAAAACCAAAGACUCUUUAAUAACUAGAUGAUUUAGCCAACUUAGCAUAAUCUCUAGAAAAGUUCUAAACCCCAAAGUAGAAAUAAUAUAUGUUUAUUAGUUAAGUAAAAAUCUAAUCAACUCCUUAUUUUUAAAGGUUAAUUGAAAAUUUUGACUCUGCUUUAGCUGAGGGUUAAAAUGUAAAAUAUUUUGGAUCAUCUGCCCAUGAUACUACACUUGGAUGCUUAUUAUCGGCCCUAAAUUUAACCAGUGCUCAAUGUUAAGCCGAUAUUUAUUUAAAUCAGACUGUCAAAUACAAUAACUGUAUGACUAAAGUAUUUUUAGGACUAUUUAAAUAGUAUAUCGAUUUUGCUGCAAAUUUGAUAUUUGAACUCUACAAUAACAUAAAUACUGGGCCGUUUGUUAAAGUUCUUUAUAACGGAGAGUAUGUUCCAAUAUGUUCAGACUUUGCAAAGACUUGUGAAUACACAAGGUUUCGUUCUAUAAUCUCUGCUCAAUUAGUAAAUUACUCUAAAGAAUGCAUAGAAUCGAAUUAGGAAAUUAAUUUUGUAUCCAUCAUUCAUUUAUUUCAUUAGACAUAUUAUCAAACUCCAAAAUGGGCUUACCUUGGAUUCGGUAUAGUAAUUUUACUACUUAUUUUGGUCUUUAGAGCAAUACUAAAAUUAAGACAAACAUUGGUUUAAAGAGAAAAGGAAUGA